GAGCUCCACGGGGCACCUGUAAGAAGGAAGGUGACGAUCAACCACUGCCACACACCAUGUACUAAGUCUUGAAGCCUGGGAGCAAAACAAGAGCUUUGCUAAAGCACACUGUAAUCACCCAGCAUGCCAAAAAUCAGUGCAGGUGAGAAGGUGCUCAAUGAGCUGGGGUACAAGCUGGGUCAGACCUUAGGGGAGGGCAGUUUCUCAAAGGUGAAAGCAGCCACCUCUACCAAACACAAAGACACCCUGGCCAUCAAGGUGGUGGAUCGACGACGAGCCCCCCCAGCCUUCGUGUACAAAUUCCUGCCCCGGGAGCUUUCCAUCCUACGCAGAAUUCGUCACCCCAACAUUGUGCACAUCUUUGAGCUCAUUGAGGUGUGCGAUGGGAAGCUCUACAUCGUGAUGGAGGCGGCAGCCACCGACCUUCUGCAGCUGGUGCAGAAGAUGGGCAAGAUGCCCUGCGUCCCUGAAGCCCGGGACAUCUUUGCACAGAUUGUGGGGGCUGUGCGCUACCUGCAUGAUCGCAAUCUGGUGCACAGGGACCUGAAGUGUGAGAAUGUGCUGCUGACUGCCGACGGCCGCCGGGCCAAGCUCACCGACUUUGGUUUCAGCAAGGAGGUUAACGUCUACCCAGACCUGUGCACCACGUUCUGCGGCUCAGCAGCCUAUGCUUCCCCAGAGGUGCUGAUGGGCAUCCCCUACGACGGCAAGAAAUCUGACAUGUGGAGCCUGGGGGUGAUGUUUUUUGUCAUGGUGACCGGCUGCAUGCCCUUCAAUGACACCCAUGUCCGCAGCCUACCCCAGCAGCAGAAGAAGGGGGUCCUGUACCCAGAGGGAGUGCUCCCAUUGCCAGAGCACUGCCAGGCCCUCAUCGCCCAGCUGCUAAACUACAGUGCAGAGCGCCGUCCUGGCGCGGGGCAGGUGGCCAAGAACUGCUGGCUGAAAGGAGACAUCUGAGGGAAAAUCCUUGCCAGAGACCCCAGUGUGGCAGUCACAUUUUAGUACAAUAAAUGCUGUAGCAGAAAAGAA